AUGCCGCCAAUGGUAGAUGCGAUGGAUCCACAAACUGUUGAAGACGCGACUUCACCACCUAGCGAGAGGGUGCGUGACUUUACGCGCAAAGUCAUCGUGCUAUAUCUUAUGGAGCAAAGUGAUGAGUUUAGGGAGCUUAGCCUUUUGAGGGAUGGAAUAACCCCAAAGGCGAUGGUUAUUUCCGAGCACAACGUCGAAAUGCCGAUCAAAGUAGCGUAA